AUGGAAAGUAAUAGCUCAAGGCCAGGGGCCAAUGAAUUCUAUGCAUCAAUAUUUGAUCAAAUUAAUAGCCUUGAACUAUCAAUCCCAAACUUUUCAGCUGAAAGAAAUUCAAGAAAUUUAUUUUUUACAUUUUUUCUUUUUUUUGUAAUAUUAAUUUUAGUUUUUCAAAAUAAAUUUGAAGGUAAUGGGUCUUUUGUGGUCAGUUCGACUGUUUCUUCAUCUGUUUACUAUUUCGGUGAAUUUCAGAUGAACACCGAUAUACUUAAUUACGACGAAAGAAUUCGUAUUAAAGAUGGUCUAUAUACUGAAUACAGAUCAAUGCCAGCUAUCUAUGGGAAUUCAAGAUGGCAGCUUGAUUGGACAAAGUCAAGUACUGCGUCAAAAUCUGCAUGGAUCUCUUUAAUCAUUCAAUUGGACGAAAAUGGAAAAUUUUACAGUUGGAAUUUUGAAAAAGUUGUAACUGAAGACGACUCAAAUAUGGUUUUUCGAGGCAAAGUAAAUGAAGUUCCCACAAAAAAAAUCCUAAAUUCGAAUUCGACUAAUUGUAUUUUGGAAAUUGAUAUUUCAGAUGACACUAACUUAUUCAAUCAAAUAUUUCCGGAGAGAAAAAGUGAAAAAUAUCAUUUUAGAGGUAGUUCUGUAAACGAGAAAGGAAUUGUAUUUGAUAAAAUGGAAUAUGUAAUAAAAUCCUUGGAUUGUAACUUUGAGGUGACUUUAAAAGGUUCACCAUUUUCGAUGAGUUUGUUCAGAUUAAAUAUUAUCCAUUUCUCAUUCCUAUAUAAUUUAAAGGUGCUUAUGGAAAUUAGAGGAAGUGUAACGCAACUAGUGCAUAGUAACUCACCAACCAUUGGAUCAAACUACGUAAACAAUACGUCAAUUUCUUGUUUAACUAUGCAAAUUAUUUUAGAUUUAUUGGAGAGCGUGUUUAUUUUAUAUUGUUCAUUUGCUUUGCCUUCACUACUGUUUUCAUCAUUUACACUUAUGAUACUUUUUAAAUGGAUACAUAUUUUUUUCAUAGAAAUAAAGUAUUUAUUUUGGAUUUGGAAGUCAAAUUAUUUACAAAAUACACCUAUAAUUGAAAUGCCUACAAUUACAGCACAAUUCUAUAGAAGGCUUUAUUUAUUUUUAUUCGGAAUAGUAUUUUUCUUCAUUUUAUUAUUCAGGAUAUGUGAUCCAAGUGAAGUAUUUAACAUUGUGACAGCAACCACAAAUAAGAAAGUAAGAAUAAUUACUCAGUCGAUACCAUAUUGUUUUUAUCUGUCACUUUUCUUUUUUUUAAUUCCUCAAAUUAUAAACGAUGCUUUUUUUAGUACUAACAAUUCAACAAGUUCAUCUCUGCCACUUCACCCACAUUUCAUAUUAACAUCCCUAAUUGGUAAGGCGUUCGUUCCUAUUUACAUUUGGGGGUAUUCUAACUCAAUAUUCAACACUCCAUUAUUUCAAUAUCUAAAUGUUAUACCAAUUUCAACAAAAAAUUCGACUCUAAUGUCAAUUUUUAUACUUUCAAUAGCUUCAAUCCAAAUGAUGAUUUACUUUUUUCAAUUAAAAUUUGGGCCAAAGUGUUUAAUUCCGAAGAUACUCAGACCAAAACCGUAUAAUUACUUCAGAUUAACGGACAAAAACAUUUGCAAUGAAAUUUCAAUUGAAGAAGACUCACUCGAAGUAAAUAUUCCCACAAUUAAUGAAUUAAAAACUGAGGUAAUGAUUGGAUCUAAAGUCGAAUUUAUUCCAGAUACUUCAAAUACACAAUCUUCAGGGUUUGAGGAAAUCGAAUUAACCAGUUUUAAUAGCAAUAAAAGACAUACAAAUAGACUUUGUGUGAUUUGCAUGGUCAAUGUUUCUAUAUUUAAUGACUUUGAUCACGAACUAUGCGCAGUUUGUACUCCAUGUGAUCACAUAUUCCACCAAAAAUGUCUUAAACAAUGGAUGAAUGUUAAACUAGAAUGCCCAACAUGCCGCAGGCAAAUACCCCCAUUUGAAUCUAAGCAAUGA